AUGUCCUCGGUACUUGAACCACGCGACAUCCUCCUCCUCGACCGUCUAUCUGGUGGUAUCAUCGCGCGCUCCUUCAGUCCCCCGGACGCUCUCGAUCGUUUCAAGCGGCUCACUCAUCCCGUUCGUGCGCACCUCGACAUAACGUGGAUCGACCAAGCUCUUGGGCUGCCACAGACUCCCGGUUGGCCGGUUCUGCUCUACGCAUAUCCAGAGCUUAUUGUGGACGACGCGGACACGACCGAAAUCCAGCUGCAUGACGGGACUGUCGUGCCGUAUUGCACCGUCGACAUCAUCGCCGUCCGUCCCUCUCACAUCAUCCCCACCCGACUCUUCCGCCCAUACGCCGGAUUGCAACGGAGCGAGAGCGUUUCGCAGAAUACAGACAUGCUACCCAUCUUCUUCCGAAGCUCGGAUGGAGGGGUGGGCGUACCUUUGAAUGCGGGUGACCACUACGCUAGCCUCCCUGCAAGCCUGACUCGGAUCUCGGCGUACUCGCUUAAGGUUGUUCUCAACCUCCUCAACUACAAGCCUUACGAGCGGCAGAUACGGCCUCGCGCGUCGAAGGCGCGCGGGAACGUCACCGUGCGCCGUCUCGCGUAUUUAGUUGCGCUAAAGGUGUGCGAGUGCCUGCAGGUGCGAUUGUCCAAACAUUAG